UCACUAGUUGCAUGUCUUUGUUUGACCUGAACCUCCUUGUUAAAUAGACAGAAAGAGAUGGUUCUCUUUGUAUUCUUCUUCUCUGGCCAAGUUUUAUGAGCCACCCUAGUGUCUUCACUUGUCAUGCAUUCAUGUUACUGUCAAAAACACACACAAAAAGUUGGUUUUAGAAUUAUAGAAAUAGAAAGACAGUGAAGUUGAAUUUUUCUUAGGUUGUUCUGCAAAAUCGUUAUGUCUUCAAAUCUUUUUAUGUUCGAUGGCUCGAUUUAUUCUGAUCCUUUCUCACCUGUCAAUGACCCUUUUGCAUCCAUUGAUGAUAUUCUCCAGGAAGAUUUCACUGCUAACAAAAGUUACCAAAUUGAUGAAAUUGAUCAAAUUGCAUCGACAAUUGUAUCUUCUUCGCCUCCGAGUCAUCGAAUGGGGAGCCUCUCUCUCUGUCAAGCACCCUUGGCGAUUGAGUACCCGAACUUCUCUGUGAAAGCAGAGGAUUCUCAGCUUCCAUUUUACUCGACAACAUGCGGUUACAACAACAUAAGUUACUCUUCCUCGUUUCCGACGUAUGGUACUGAUGAGCCUGUUAAGAUGAUGCAGAGGAGCUUUAGUAGCAAUUCUUUUGAUAGGAAGUCAGGGUUCAUGUUCCAGUCAUUCGAUAGCUUUGCGGAGUCUUCGAGUAUUGCUGCCACUACUGCUCAAGUUCAAGCGUUGAGCUCACCUGAGUGUAAUUCUUCCUCCAAUAGUCAAAUGAGAAGGUUCUGCAGUACUGGAGAUUUACAAAGUCUGAAAACUAGCCAAAUGAGGGCAAGAUUGUCAUGCAGCCCACUAGCAACAGAGAGUACAUUCAUGGAGGAUACAUAUUCAAAAGUGGGACGGUAUAGUGCAGAGGAGAGGAAAGAGAGGAUUCAUAGGUACAGAGCAAAGCGCACACAAAGAAAUUUCAAUAAAACAAUUAAGUAUGCAUGCCGAAAGACACUAGCAGACAAUCGCCCAAGGAUACGUGGAAGAUUUGCGCGUAAUGAUGAACCCAUAGUGAUUCCAAAAACUGCAAAUUAUAAUCCAUACGAAGACGAAGAUGAUCUUUUGAUCGGAGGAUUCUUUGAAGAAGAAAACGAGGGGCCGCUAGGCAGACAAGCAUUACUCUCCAGCUAUGGCAUUCAGUACUAUACGCCUGCAAGCAACUGAAUCUGCAGUUUUUAUACCAUAGCUGUGAUAGAAAAAAUAUUUUACUAGGAUUAUUACUCUAAUUAUUGGAAUAAGACCAUAGUGUUUGUAUUUCUGAGGUUAAAUUAAAGUGCACCUCAGUUUCUGUAAUAGUUUUUCCAGUUCCCAGCAACAGUUUCGCAAUUGAAGCAGCAGCAGUGCCAUGCACAUGCACUCUUUCAAAUGUUA